AUGGCCAGCUUUCCUCCGAGGGUUAACGAGAAAGAGAUCGUGAGAUCACGUACUAUAGGUGAACUUUUGGCUCUAGCAGCUCCUUUUGACAAGAAAUGUGGUCGUGAAAAUUGGACUGUUGCUUUUGCUCCAGAUGGUUCGUACUUCGCUUGGUCCCAAGGAUAUUGUACAGUAAAGCUUGUUCCAUGGUCUCAGUGCCUUAAGAACUUUCUCUUGCAUGGCACAAAGAAUAUCACUAAUUCAAGCAGUUUGAGAUUGUCAAGACAAAACAGUGAUGGUGCUCAGAAAAAUAAGCCUCGUGAACAUAUUAUAGACUGUGGUGAUAUAGUCUGGAGUCUUGCUUUUGGAUCUUCAGUUCCAGAAAAACAGAGUCGUUGUGUAAAUAUAGAAUGGCAUCGGUUCAGAUUUGGUCAAGAUCAGCUACUCCUUGCCACAGGGUUAAGCAACGGGCGUAUCAAAAUUUGGGAUGUAUAUACAGGAAAACUCCUCCUUAACUUGGUAGAUCAUACUGAUGUGGUCAGAGAUUUAACUUUUGCUCCAGAUGGGAGCUUGGUCCUAGUGUCAGCUUCAAGAGACAAAACUCUGAGAGUGUGGGACCUGAAAGAUGAUGGAAACAUGAUGAAAGUAUUGAGAGCCCAUCAGAACUGGGUGUACAGCUGUGCAUUCUCUCCUGACUCUUCCAUGCUGUGCUCAGUGGGAGCCAGUAAAGCCGUUUUCCUUUGGGACAUGGAUAAAUACACAAUGAUACGGAAACUAGAAGGACAUCACCAUGAUGUUGUAGCUUGUGACUUUUCUCCUGAUGGAGCAUUACUGGCUACUGCAUCUUAUGAUACUCGAGUUUAUGUCUGGGAUCCACAUACUGGAGACAUUCUGAUGGAAUUUGGGCACCUGUUUCCCCCACCUACUCCAAUCUUUGCUGGAGGAGCAAAUGACCGAUGGGUACGAUCUGUAUCUUUUAGUCAUGAUGGACUGCAUAUUGCAAGCCUUGCUGAUGAUAAAAUGGUGAGGUUCUGGAGAAUUGAUGAGGAUUAUCCAGUACAAGUUGCACCUUUGAGCAAUGGUCUGUGCUGUGCCUUUUCUACUGAUGGCAGUGUUUUAGCUGCUGGGACACAUGAUGGAAGUGUGUAUUUUUGGGCCACUCCAAGGCAGAUCCCUAGCCUUCAACAUUUAUGUCGCAUGUCAAUCCGGAGAGUGAUGCCUACUCAAGAAGUCCAGAAACUGCCGAUUCCUUCCAAGUUGUUGGAGUUUCUUUCCUAUCGUAUAUAA